AGACAUUCAUCAUAACCCAACAUUCAAAUUUUCAACGAGCUAGCUUGAUUCUUCAGUAUGGCCAGAUACUACAACGACGGCUACUAUUCUUACUGGGAUUACUUCUCCAUCCCUCUCCAUCUUUGCUUCUUCAUCUCCAUCCUCUUCUUCAUCUUGGGCUUCACCUGGUACAUAAACUACGAGUCCAUGUUCGAGGACAUGAUGGCUCAGGUCAAGCUCUUCCUCAUGAUCGUCCCCCUUAUUCUCCUACUCGUCGUCCACUUCUUGUCAGGUGGCAUGUCGUUUCUAGUGCCGUUGCCGGAGCAGGACUCUCUGCACAGAGCCGGAGGAUCUCCUUGGGGCGUUGGAUUAGUGCUUGUGUUCCUUUUGUUCAUGAUUUCUUACCAGUCUUCUUUCCAUGAACGUUGGUUUCCCUUAUACAGUAAGUAGACUGAGGUGAAUAGGAUCGAAUUGCGGUGUUUGUGUAAUAUUAUUCUCACUUAUAGCUCUUUAUGAAACUAUGAAUAGGCCAAAUGGGUAAUCUUUAUGUAACGGGAAUUUCUGUAAUAGUGAUUAAGAGAGUAGGCUUUUCUCUGUUCUUUUAGGCAUACAAGACUAGUUACUUAACUACAGAGCCGCUUCUGUUUCGGGAUUCUUAAUUUCUAUAUAUAUGAUCGAUAUAUGUACGUUUUAACAGCGUACUUCUGUUUAUGCAUGUGUAUCAGUGUAUGUUUCUGUAAAUACAAAUCGAUGUAUAUAUG